CUCCCAGCGACCCUGACUUUACUCUCCCCUCCUCCCUCGGCUUCUCCCAGUAUGGGGAUGUGGACGACGCCAUUCCACUGCCGCCCGCCGUGCUGCAGCAGCCGCCCAGGGAGGAGCAGCUGGCGGGGGGCACGCUUUGGCCGGAAGUGCGCAAGCUGUACGGCCAUGGGAAUGAGAUCCUGUGCUGCACUGCCGACCACGGAGGAAGGUUCCUGGCAACGGCUUGCAAGGCCCAGUCACCUGAGUUCGCAGCCAUCUGGCUAUGGCACACACCCAACCCAACUCCCUCUUCCUCCUCCACCUCCACCACCUCCUCCUCCCCCGCCACCGCGCCAGCAGCCCCAUGGACAGCAGCAGCGCGCCUAUCCGCCCACACGCUCUCAGUGACACAGAUGCACUUCUCCCCCUGCGACUCCCUCCUGCUCUCCGUCUCCCGCGACCGCCACUUCUGCCUCUUUGCUGCCCCCCACGGUGCUGCUUCUGCUGUUGCUGACGCUGCCCCCUACCAGCUUGUUGCACGGGUGGAGGCACACAAGCGCAUCAUCUGGGCUUGCUCCUGGGCGCCUUCAGGCCGCAUCUUUUCCACGGGGUCCCGAGACAAAACGGUCAAGGUGUGGCAAGUCAUAGAACAGCCUCCCUCCGCCACUCCCUCCACUACCUCCCCUCCCCCCUCGCACACCACCACCCUCCUCGCAACCCUCCCCACCUUCCCCCACCCAGUCACGGCUGUGGCCUGGUCCCCUACCCUUCCACCCCUCACUCCUCCCCCUCCUCAUUCACAACCCUCCACGACCAACGCACCUGCUGAUCCUGACUCAACUCCUGCUCCCGCUGUUGCUGCUGCUCUUCGCUCGCUCCUUGCGGUUGGCUUAGAAAAUGGAGCAAUUCAGCUGUGGAGCGCAGACCUUUCCUCCUUUGCUGCAGCUACCCAGCAGCAUACUUCUGCUCCACCCACUUCCACCGCACUCCACCCCUCGCCUUCUCCAGCCAAGCUCCUCCUGCAGCGUUUGGUGGCCUUCAGUGACAUCCAUUGCCACCUGGCAGCUGUUCAUAGGCUGAGGUGGCGAGGGGAGGUUGUAAGGAGGGAUAGAAGAUCAGGAGAGGUUAGUGUUAGUGGGGGUAGCGGGGAGGCAGGUGGUGAAGAGGAGGAGGAAAGGUGUUUGGAGCUGGCAAGCUGUUCGGAUGACCAUUCUCCACCGCAAUCGGCGCGCCUUGUUUACGCUGCGCCGCUGUCCCCCGGCGACCCCGGCGCGGAAUGCUUCAUUGCCGAAGUGGAGAUAACGGCCGCGGACGGCCAGCCGCAGCGCCUGUUCCUCCCCUUCGCGCUCAUAUGGAGCGAGGCCCGUGCCGCGCCGCGCAUUGUGCUGAGUCAGCAGCACACCUUGGCGCGCAUCCGCCGGAGCGCCGAGGUAGGCUUUCUCACCGACGCUUUCGCGGUCUCGGCUUUCGCCCUCGCGAUCAUCCACGCGCUCCGCGAGGGUCGCAAAAUCGCCAUCGCGCCGCCGCCGGCGGCCGGCCGGGACGUCCCGUACGGGGUGCUGCGUUUCCGCGGCGAGGCGGGUUUGGCGGCGCUGGAUGACUUACCGGCCGAUGCGCGCGUGGAGUGGUUCCCGGGCGAUCAGUCUAACAGCUCGCUCAGCGUGGGGGAUCAGUCUCAGAUCAACGGCGGGAAAGCGAUCGUGCUUAAGCUGGUGCGGCGGCUGAAUCCCGGCGUGCAUCCCGAGGCUGAGAUGACGCGCAGGCUGACCCAGCUGGGGUUCGCCAAUUCGCCCGCGUUACUGGGCGAAGUGAUUCGCGAAGACGGCGACGGCACGUGUUACACCUUGGCGCUCGUGCAUCGGCACGUAGCGAACGACGGCGACGCGUGGUCUUGGACUCUGGACUACCUCAAACGGACGCUGGACAACGCUAGUACUCAUAACGCUAGUAGUACGCGUACCGGCUGCGGCGGCUCAUUGGAGGCAAUGCCAACACCAGUGGAAGAAUACGACGCCUCAUUGGAGCCAUUCAAUGAAUAUGAUGAACAACAACUAGCGGGUUACUGCGCCAUGGCCAGCACCAUAGGCAGGCGGCUGGCGGAGCUGCACGGCGCCCUCGCCGACCCCGCUGCUGACGACCCGGCCUUCCGCCCAGAGCGCGCCGACGCCGCGCACGCCUGGCAGCACGCGGCGCAAGCCAUCGCGACGCUGCGCGAGGCGCUGUUGGUUUUGGCCGACGCGGAGCGCCGCGGGAAGCUCGACGGUCGGACGCGCGCCCACGCGGAAUGGCUGCGGAGCCACGCGGAGCCGUUGACGCAGGCGAUACGCAAGCGCGCGUGCUUGGAGCAAGGGUCGCUGUACCUGCGCGUUCACGGCGACUUCCAUCUGGGGCAGGUUCUGGUCGCGCGCACCGACGCUUGCACCAACGCGCGCCCCGACGCGCGCACUGACAACUUCCAUCUGGGGCAGGUUAUGGUCACGCGCACCGUCGCAACCACCGGCGCGCGCACCAACACGUGCACCGACGUGUACCUGGUUGAUUUCGAAGGCGAGCCGGCCCGUCCGUUUGGCCAGCGGCGCGCCAAGACCACCCCCCUGCGCGACGUGGCGGGUCUGCUGCGCUCAUUCCAUUACGCUGCUGCUGCUGCUGCUGCUGCUGCUUCUGCCAUGCGGAGCUCACUGGAUUCGUUGGGUUUUGAGACGUCUCAAGACUGUGCUCUGCUCACCAGCCCUGCUUGCGCCACCAGCCCUGCUUGCGCCACCAGCCCUGCUUGCGCCACCAGCCCUGCUUGCGCCACCAGCCCUGCUUGCGCCACCAGCCCUGCUUGCGCUUGCGCCACCAACACGUUGGAUAUCGUGAAUCAUAAGCCUAUGGUCUCGGAACCGACUGUGCCUCAGCUACGCUGGGAGGCCUUGCUCUCGCGCUUCAUUCAGCGUGCGCGCAGUGCGUUCGUGCAGGGGUACCAUGCAGUGGCUGAUCAAUCACCCCACCCUUGGCUGAAUUUUGGCGCGGAGCAGAGGCUGCUGCAACUGGCGUUGCUGGAAAGAGCGGCCUAUGAGGUGUGUUAUGAAGCCGCGCACCGCCCUGAUUGGCUGUGCAUCCCUGCCGCCGGGCUGGCUGAGCUGGCGCGCAGCAUACUCACCUCACCAUCGAGCGAGGAGGCGCACGAAGCAUGA